AUGGAUGUUCAUUUAGUUAUUUAUUCAAAAAAAUUUAUUUUUGAUAAUUUAUUAAUAUCUCCUAAUCGUGUCAUCGAUUAUCAAAAAAGCCCAAGGAAUGAUGAAUCAUCACCGAUACAAUCAUCUACAACAAUCAUUUUAGUGCCAAUGAAUACAAAGGGGUUUAGUGGAUAUGCAGGAUCAGGUUAUGUGACAUUGAUGAAAAAUUCGUUAUUAUACCGUUCAUCAGCUUUAAAACUUUAUGCUGAUUUAAUACCACAUGAAAAAAUUAUGAACUUCACCGGUAUUUUUCUUAUGAAAUUAAAAAUGCCUCGGAAACAAUUUUUAGACUAUAUUUGGAACGAAAUUAUAACGUCUAUGGUAUUAGAGAGAAGAGAAAUAAGUUAUGCCAUGUCCUGGUUGUCAACAUUAGGCGGCGCGUUUUCAGCUAUGGGAGAUCAAUUUUGUCAUUGUGCUAAAAUUGCUGGGAAAAUUUCGAUUCAUCAAUUCAAGUUAGCGAUGCGUUUAGGUGACCCAUCGGUAAUUGCCUGUUGCAAAUUAUAUGUAUGUUUAAGUCUUAUACAACAAGAAAAAUAUGAUUGGCCAAAAAUCAUCAUUCCCAGAAUCUACAAAUAUUCAAAAACAAGUAAAGAUGAGAACUUAGGAAGAAUGUGUCAAGGAAUAUGGGCAAAACUUAAAUAUUGUUAUAGUUUGAAUAAAAAAAAGAAAAAAAAAUUGGUUUAUGUAUCGUAA